UGAGGCCUCUCCUCCCCGCUCACUUGUGCUCUGCAGAGGCGCAAGGGAGAAGGUUUCCAGAGGUUUUUGUAGCCGCGCUUUCCAGGCAAGCUCGUGGCUGAAGGACCGGAGAGCCCAGGUGCRACGAGGAGCCUCCCCAGGGCCCAUCGGUGCCAGCUUGAYCCGGAGCCAUGUCCAGGUACCUGAAGCACUUCACGGUCGUGGGGGAUGACCCGGCACGCUGGAACAACGACUACCGCAAAUGGGAGGAAGAAGAGGAGGAGGAGGCAGCAGCCGGGCAGGAGAGUGGCGAGAAGCAACCCCAGUCGGAGCUCAAGCUGGAGCCCGCUCGGAGCCGCAUGUCCUUCCAGGAUGUGCUGAAAAAGCUCUUCAGCUCCCACCGGUUCCAGGUUGUGGUCGUCUGCUUGGUCAUUGUAGACGCCUUGCUGGUCCUUGGGGAAUUGCUCAUGGACUUGAAGAUCAUCCACCCGGACAGAUACAAGCUUGCGCCCAAGGUCUUUCACUACCUCUCCCUUUGCAUUUUGACCAUUUUCUUGGUUGAAGUUGGGUUUAAARUCUUCCUCUAUGGCCGGGAGUUCUUCCACCACAAGUUUGAGGUGCUGGAUGGAGUUGUCGUCGUUGUGUCCUUCAUCCUUGACGUAGUCCUCCUCUUCCGGGAGCACGAGUUCGAAGCCGUCGGGCUCCUGAUACUCCUGCGGCUGUGGCGCGUGGCCAGGAUCAUUAAUGGGAUCAUCUUAUCUGUAAAGACCCGCUCCGAGCAGCAGGUGUCCAAGCUAAAACAAGCCAACCUGCAGCUUGCGACCAAGGUCGAGCAACUUGAGUACAGCUGCACGGAGAAGGAGCAAGAAAUUGAGAGGCUUAACAGGCUGUUAAAACAGCACGGACUCAUCGGGGAGCCAAAAUAGGAGGCCGCUUUGUUGAAGCAAGUUGUCCGUAACAUCUCAAGCAGUUACCUGAGUAAAGCUGAUUUCGAAGCUCUGCUGUAUUGAAAGCGUUUCUUUGGUAAUUGCCCCCAAGACAAAAGAAGCAGCUGCUCCUGUUAUUUCUCCCGCUUCUGUGUAUGUAAUAUGGUAACUCACCUGAAAACAAACCAUUUUGUAUAUUAAAACAAAUACACGCAAGUAUGAAAGUAGCGUAAAGGAAUUAAAAGGUAUACAAGAUGCUUCUUGCUUAAAACCCACUCUGCUACGCUGUGCAUGUCCUAUGUGCUCAUUUGCAGUAUGACAAGAUGAAGCCAGAGAAUAGGAGGAAACUGGAGUGCUGCUCCAGUACUGAUGUAUUGGUGACUACUCCUUGUACAAGUCUUGGCAAUUAAAAACACAAGUUUGUGGCUCUCACUUUUAUAAUUACUGAUACAUAGGGACUAUUUAGACAGGCUUUUCCUCCAUCCAUUGACCUAGCUUUCUCCUAAAGGUUACAGAGCAUGGUUUGGAGGAACCGCUUAUUUAUUCUACUUUGUCACUCAUUUCCUGGCUGCCAAGGAGGAGAGCUUCAAGAACAAGAAGGAAGGGGUGGUCUAACCUGACAGACAAAAACAUGACAUCUGCAAAGAGGUCAGACAAAGGACAUGACUGUUACCAAUCAAACAGCUGAUCAGCAAUGGUCAGAAAUGGACCUGGGAUUAGAGUCUCUAAAAUUGACUUCUCGGAAACCUUUUCUAAUAUUCCUCCCUAAUAUUCAGCUAUCCAAGAUGAAAAGAUGACGUGAUCUGCAUGGUGUCUUCCUCUGUCCCUCCCACCCUUGUGCCUCAGAUCAUCAUCUCCCAAGCCUAACAACUUGGAUUCUAGGCUCAUCUUAUUGUCUGUGAGGUCAGAUACACAUAUUAGUAACAGAAAUUGAUUUCAUCUCCUCCUUACGUAUAUGACAUAUAUUUGUUGCAAAACGUUCUCUUUCAUCCCAAAGGCAAUUUCUCCUGUUGCAUUUACUUUAGCAAUGUCACUGUGUAUGGAAACUGGGCAAAGUUUUUCUUGAGUCUCUGUAAGUUGUGAAUCAGAAAUGGUUUGAUGUAUAUGUACAUUCCAUCCACCGUGGGGAGCAAAAGGAAUGGUUGUACCUACCCCAAGAACUAUGUUUAUGCACAGCUCAUCCAGAACUGCAGGGAGCCUCAGGACCUCAUUACUGUCAAGUAAGGUCCGUAUUCCAUUCACAGACUGAACAACUAUGGCCUGGACAGUAAUAUUAACCUGAAAAACAAAUUCAUGCCAUUUCUGAUUAUUGUGUAUAAACAUUUUUGCCCUUUUGUGUAGUAUUAUGUUUGUGAAUUUUAAAGGAUGGACAAGUACUUUUCURUCUAUGAAAGAAGCCUAGUUGUUGUAUUUUAUA